CAUUUGAGUAGAUAUAUAAGAAAUUGUUAGAAUUUGUAUAUCAGUGAAAUACCGUUCGAUUUGAUUAUCAUUUGGUUUCUUUAAAUAGAAACCAAAUCAUCAAAAAUUAUGUUUUGAUUACAUCAGCAAUAAACGAAAAAACUCCCGAAAAUGUUGACCAAUCUAGUCCAAUUUAUUAGUCAAGAAUUGGGUUUUCCAUUCGAAGCUCUUGUUCUAUUGACAGCAGUCAUUUUAACAUAUCCAAUAUGUUUAUUUUAUUCACUGACAACACAAUCAAAAUCUAGUCGUUUUAAAAGUUUGUAUUUUCUAUUAUCCGGGCUAUUGUUAAUUUUUUGGGCAUACGGAAUCGAUGCUUUUCAUUCAUUGAUCAAUUGUUGUUUUUGUUAUUUUAUAUUGAAAACGACACCGAAACGAUUUGCUGUGGCCAUAAAUUUCAUCUUUACAAUGAUAUAUCUUUUGUAUGGAUAUUAUCAAACACAAUUGGAUUGGAAUUAUUCACUAUCAUGGACAAUGCCACAAUGUUUGCUUACAUUACGUUUGAUUGCCAUUUCUUUUGACUUGAUGGAUGGACAACAAAUGAAGUCCGUAAAAAAGGAUUCCAUUAGCAGUUCUCGUCAUAUCGAUACAUCGAUCAAAAACUUACCAAAUUUUAUCGACUAUCUAUCUUAUUGUUAUUUUCCUGGUUCAUUUUUUGUCGGUCCAUUGUUGAAUUAUGUUUCAUAUGAAAAAUUAUUGCGAACAAAAACUAUUGAUAUAAACUCACAGAACAAUAAAAUACGAUCAAGCAUUAUUCGUCUGAUUGGAAGCCUAUUGAUAACAGUCAUUUAUUUUUUUGGUUCAAAAUAUUGGCCCGUUGAAUAUCUGUUUAGUGAAGAUUUUUAUAAAUCUUCAUUCUUUUGUCGAUGGACAGCUAUUGCAAUGGUUAGCAAAAUUUAUAUGUACAAAUAUAUUCUUUGUUGGAUGAUUGCCGAAUCAUCUUGUCUGGUUACUGGUCUGACACAGGAUGGAAACGAAAUAUUUCAAAAUGUUAAUUUGUUGGCCUAUGAAAAAGCUACAUCAUUCAAUGCUAUAAUCCAAUCAUACAACAUAACAACCAAUACGUUUGCAUUCAAAUAUGUUUAUAAACGAUUAAAAUUUCUGGGUAAUGUAUAUCUUAGUCAAAUAUUAACAUUAUUAUUUCUUUCGAUUUGGCAUGGUUUCGAAAGUGGUUAUCAUUGGGCUUUUUCAAUCGAAUUUUUAUUAGUAUAUUUUGAAAAAAAUUCCUUUCCAUUUCUUCGAAAAUAUCGACAAAAAUAUUUUAAAAAAUCUAACGGAUCAGAUUUAAUCAUAUGGAUUAUUGGCCGUAUUUAUACAUUCUAUUUUCUUGGCUAUGGAUUUUUAUCAUUUAUUUUUCUUUAUCAAAAAUUAUGGUGGCCAAUAUUUAGUUCAAUAUAUUUUAUAGGCCAUCUAUUACUUGUAUCUUAUUUUUUGGUCACAAUAGUCUACAAAUACAUACAUAGCAAUAAGACACAGAAUGAUUGAUUCGAUAUGUAAUGUUUUUAUUUUUAACAAAAAAAAAACAUUAAUUUAACAAAAAUAAAAUAAAAUUUGAUGAUGAUAAUGA